GCUCGGGGGCUGCGGCUGCCGCUGCCGCGCGGCCCGAUCUCACCGCUGCCCUCGGCCCCCCACCCCAGCACCCCGGCCUCGGAGGCUGUGACAAUGGACUAUGACUUUAAAGUGAAGCUGAGCAGCGAACGGGAGCGGGUCGAGGACCUGUUUGAAUACGAGGGCUGCAAAGUUGGUCGAGGCACUUACGGGCACGUCUACAAGGCGAAGAGGAAAGAUGGGAAGGACGAUAAAGACUAUGCUUUAAAACAAAUAGAAGGAACUGGAAUCUCAAUGUCGGCAUGCAGAGAGAUAGCAUUACUUCGAGAGCUUAAGCACCCAAACGUCAUCUCUCUUCAGAAGGUGUUUCUGUCUCAUGCUGAUCGGAAAGUAUGGCUUCUCUUUGACUAUGCUGAACAUGACCUCUGGCAUAUAAUUAAGUUUCACAGAGCUUCAAAAGCCAACAAGAAGCCAGUUCAGUUACCUCGGGGAAUGGUGAAGUCACUGUUGUACCAGAUCCUAGAUGGGAUUCAUUAUCUUCAUGCCAACUGGGUGUUACACAGGGAUUUGAAACCUGCUAAUAUUUUAGUUAUGGGUGAAGGUCCUGAGCGAGGAAGAGUAAAAAUUGCUGACAUGGGCUUUGCCCGAUUAUUUAAUUCACCUUUGAAGCCUUUAGCAGAUUUGGAUCCAGUGGUUGUAACAUUCUGGUACCGAGCUCCAGAAUUACUCCUUGGAGCACGACAUUAUACCAAAGCAAUUGAUAUUUGGGCUAUAGGGUGUAUAUUUGCAGAACUACUAACGUCAGAACCAAUAUUUCACUGUCGACAAGAGGACAUCAAAACUAGUAAUCCUUAUCACCAUGACCAGCUGGACAGAAUAUUCAAUGUAAUGGGAUUCCCUGCAGAUAAAGAUUGGGAAGAUAUAAAAAAGAUGCCCGAACAUUCAACAUUAAUGAAAGAUUUCAGAAGAAAUACGUACACCAACUGCAGCCUUAUCAAGUAUAUGGAAAAGCAUAAAGUUAAACCUGAUAGUAAAGCAUUCCACUUGCUCCAGAAGUUGCUCACUAUGGACCCAAUAAAGCGAAUUACCUCAGAGCAGGCCAUGCAGGACCCCUACUUCCUAGAAGACCCACUUCCCACGUCAGAUGUUUUUGCCGGUUGUCAGAUCCCUUACCCCAAACGAGAAUUUUUAACAGAAGAAGAACCUGAUGACAAAGGAGACAAAAAGAACCAGCAGCAGCAGCAGGGCAAUAACCACACUAAUGGAACUGGCCAUCCAGGGAACCAGGACAGCGGCCACACACAGGGGCCACCCUUGAAAAAAGUGAGAGUUGUCCCUCCUACCACUACCUCAGGUGGACUCAUCAUGACCUCCGACUAUCAGCGUUCCAAUCCACAUGCUGCUUAUCCCAACCCUGGACCAAGCACAUCACAGCCCCAGAGCAGCAUGGGAUACUCAGCUACCUCCCAGCAGCCUCCACAGUACUCACAUCAGACACAUCGGUACUGAGCCGUGCUGGAGUCUGUCAGUGCACUGUUGCUCAUGCUGCAGGGCUGGCUGCAGCCCUCUGCGGGAACCUGGUGUGGGCCAUGAGAAUGUACUGUACAACCACAUCUUCACAAUGUCCAGUAGCCAAGUUCCACCAGUUGUCACAGAUUGGGGUGGUAGCUUCCAGGUUGUACCUAAGUUUGGAGUUAGACUUGAAAAGAAAAGUGCUAGCACAGUUGUGUCGUGGGUUUGCUACUUCCAUAGUUUACUUGACAGGGUUCAGACUGACCAAGCAUAGUUUUCAGUGACAGUCUGUAGCAGUUGAAGCUGUGAAAUGUGCUAGGGCAAGCAUUUGUCCUCGUGUGUGGUGACUUUCAGUGUAACAGCGUUAUCUGACCAAUAGUACACAGAGAUGUAAGGUAAGGUUUAACUGGUACUUGAAACACAGAUUAUGUUAACAAAAUAACUGAGACUUAAAAGAUUAUUUUGGUACACCUUUCUUUUUAGUGUCUUAUCAAUGGGUUGAUUCGUCUUCUACAGAAAUCAGUGUUUUAUGACCAAGAAUAUUGCUUGGAUUGUUUUGAAAGUACAAAAGAACGACAUAGUUUCUACUGACAGGUCUCAGAACUCCCAAAGAUUAAUUUCCAACUUAGAGGUUUGUUUUUAUUUUCAACCUAUGACUUGACUGGUCUUAAAGCUGCUAUUUGAUAGUAAUUAAAUAUGUUGUCAUUGAUAUAAACCUGUUUGGUUCAGCAAACAAACUAAAAUGAUUGUCACAGACAGUGUUUUAUUUUUCUCGUUGGUGUUGCUGAUUUGUGAGCAUGCUUUCAAAUGAAAAAAGCAUGAGUGGUAACCUCCUUAAAAAGGCACGGCAUCCAAUUCACAUUCUUUGUCCUGAGUUUAAAGCUGGUUAGUGUAGUGCUAUUAAGAUUUUAUUCAGUUGACUUUCUUUUUAAAAAGUUGUUCGCACAUUUUUUUAGGGUGCCCUUACUUCAGCAAAGGAGAAGGAGUAGGAGAGCCUUAGAAUUUUUGAGGGGAAAAUAAAAAGCUAUAACAUACAACGUACUGUAUCAAACUAUUUUACAUGAAUGACACAAGUAUUCUGAAUAAAAAAUUGAACAUUGUUAAAAACAAGGUGUUAUGUAAUAAAUUUAUUUUUCAUAAAUCAA